CGUUAAAAGCUUUAAGUAUAAUUAAAGAAAGCAGACAUUCGCCGGAUGAAGCAAACAUUGUUUAAUUUAAUUUUGAUAAUGGCGACAAAGAAGGAAACAGUAUUCUAAUGGUUGACCAUUCCUCAAUGACAAGGCAACCACGCGGACCAUCGCCUUAAACUGCGCCGUUUCAUCGCACUUCCUUCCCCUAAUUGCUUGCUUCUCCUUUUUUCCGAUUGAUCUCAAUUAUUAAUCUCUUUUGAAACUGAAUCUGGAAAUUUCUCUGGUUGUAGUUUGAAAUUUCGUUUGGUUCUCAGCUUCCUUCCAAGACUGAUUUCGGAACUAGGGAAGGGAACAUUAUUUUCUGGUUGUUGAUCAAUCAGUGAUUUGAAUUGAUGUGCAAUGCGGAGGCGGAUUGGAGCUCUUCUGUGUAAUAGAAGAGCUGUUCAGGUGCCUACCAGUGGAAGAAAUCACUUGUAUAAAGUUUCUCUGUCUUUGGUUUUUAUUCUGUGGGGACUUAUCUUCCUCUUUAGCUUAUGGUUCAGCCGUGGGGAUGGCUGCCAAGAAGGAUCGGGUUUACAUCCUGCUGGUGUAUCUACUUCAAAUGAAUCUAAGUUUGAAAAUAACAAGGACUCUGACUUUUUGGAUGUAUCUCCAAAGGGAGAAACUGAUUCUACCAGUCAUUUAAAUGAUUCAUGCUCAAAUGAUGCUACAACCCGUGGUUCUGACAAUGAAAUACUUUCAAGUGAAGAGAGGAGUAGUGAUAUACGAGUUGCUGCGAGGUCACCUGAGGCUGAGACCUCUAGCCCUGGUGUGAAAUCUGAAAGUGACUCUCUCAAGGGAGAUAUCUCGUCAAAUACCGUGCUACUGGGCCUUGAAGAAUUCAAAAGCAGAGCCUAUACAUCCAGGAGUAAAUCUGAAACUGGCCAGGCUGGAAAUACUAUUCAUAGAGUAGAACCAGGUGGUGCAGAGUAUAAUUAUGCUUCGGCUUCAAAGGGAGCAAAGGUCUUGUCUUUCAACAAGGAAGCAAAGGGAGCUUCCAAUGUUUUAGGCAGGGACGAGGAUAAAUACCUUAGAAAUCCAUGUUCUGCUGAAGAGAAAUUCGUUGUCAUAGAACUUUCAGAAGAAACCUUAGUAGUUACAAUUGAAAUUGCUAAUUUCGAGCACCACUCUUCUAACUUGAAGGAAUUUGAGCUACAUGGUAGUUUGGUUUAUCCAACAGAUUUUUGGUUCAAGCUUGGAAAUUUCACUGCUCCAAAUGCAAAGCAUGCUCAUAGAUUCGCUCUCAAGGACCCAAAAUGGGUAAGAUAUCUAAAGUUGAAUUUUCUUACCCAUUAUGGUUCAGAAUUCUAUUGCACACUCAGCACUGUUGAAGUUUACGGAAUGGAUGCUGUUGAGAUGAUGCUGGAGGAUCUAGUAUCUGCUCAACAUAAACCUUCUAUAUCAGAUGAAGCUACUGUUGAUAAGAGAGUAAUUUCCUCCCAGCCCGGAUCCAAUGAUGAAGGACGACAUGAUAGAGAGUUGCAAUCUCUCACUACAGGAGAAAGCGAUGAUUUGAUUUCAGAACUUUCAAAAAGUAAUAUACCUGAUCCAGUCGAAGAAUCGCACCAUCAACAAACUGGCAAUCAACAACCUGGCCGAAUGCCUGGUGACACCGUUCUCAAAAUACUGACACAGAAAGUUCGUUCUUUAGACCUGAGUUUAUCUGUUUUGGAGCGGUAUCUGGAGGACUUAACUUCCAAAUAUGGGAAUAUAUUCAAAGAAUUUGACAAAGAUAUAGGAAAUAAUGAUUUACUCAUUGAGAAGGUCCGAGAGGAUAUAAGAAGUAUUCUUAAUAUCCAGGAAAGCACAGAUAAAGAUGUUCGUGAUCUCAUUUCUUGGAAGUCCAUUGUUUCCUUGCAGUUGGAUGGUCUGCAAAGGCAUAAUGCUAUUCUCAGAUCUGAGAUUGAGAAGGUGAAGAAGAAUCAGGCUUCUCUGGAAAACAAAGGAAUAGUUGUUUUUGUUGUGUGCCUCAUUUUUUCAUCAUUUGCUAUUAUUAGGUUAUUUUUGCAUAUUGCUGUUAGAUUAAUUGAGAGAACAAAUAAUUCCAGGGAAUUUUGUUGUAUAAGCCCUUCCUGGUAUCUAUUGCUUUUCAGCUCUUGUAUUAUUCUUUUCAUACAGUCCCUAUAAAUCCAAGAAUUCCCCCUUAUUUGAUCCA